AUGGAAAUAAAAAAAUUGGAGGAGGCCAUUAGGAUGGGUUUUGGUCCUAUAUGUGGACUCAAUGACCCACAUCCCACCAAGCUCUGGAGUAUUCCCCUCAUGGAACAGGCCACUCGCUGUAUGAUGUGGACACUGUUGACCACUCUGACAUUUCUGCUGCUGAGUGAAUUUCACUUGCCUUCUGCUUCCCCGAUUUCUUCUCCCAAACAUCUGGAAAACCCCGCCAGACAGACGCCAGAAGCGAAAGCAGACUUGCCUGUUAAUCCAAAUUUCAAAGAAGUUCGUUCCCCACAGGCUCUCGAUUCCAGAUUUUUGUCACAGAAUACGUCAAGUCAGUUGAGGUCACUUGAUUCUCCUUCAGUCGUUGGUAACACCGUUAACCUGCAGUGGGUCCCCUUCAAUGGUUCUGUUCCCAGUGACACGGUAUCCAUCAUGAACGAUUAUGCUUCACGCACUGACUACGUCUGUAAAGCCCACUGUGAGCCCGGAUUCUACAACCCGAGUAAAGGUUCAAGGUGUUUUUAUGCUUAUGGUGGAAAAGAGUAUUAUUCGUAUUCAUUUGACAUUUUGGUCAACAGGGACAAUUUUGAGUUUCUAGAGUGGGUAAUGGGAUUGUAUGGCUCACUUCCAUCAUUAGCCAUCAAGUCCUGUGAAGAUUACGAUGCCUUUGUUGGUAAAAACAGGUACGGCUUAGGUAAGGUGGUCCCAAAGCAUAGUGCCUUCUUUCUGCCAUGGGAGGGUAAGGAGUAUUAUUACAAGUAUUACGAUGUCCUCUCCAUCAACCCAGGAUCUUACAGUCAGAAAAUCUCUCAUUUCAUCUAUGAUACUAAUCAGGCAAACCUCCUUGAACAACCUCCUGAAGUGCUGAAGAUAUCAUCAUUGGACAACUACGAGUGCCAGAGCAUAAAGAGAACUGUCACUUUAGAGGCAACAACCAUGAGUGACAGACGCUGGGACGUCCAGCAUUCAGCAAUGUAUGGAAUCUCCAUUAACGUCACUGUUGGAAUCCCUUCAUUCCUCUCUGAGUCUGUCAGGGUCUCCAUGGAGAACAUGUUCACCACUACUUUGGGUGAAAUAUCAAGCACACCUAACAACCACUCCUUUAUAUUUGAGGAAACUGUACAACCCAAUUACUCCUGCAGUGUGAAAAUGGUAGGAAAGAAGGUGACCACCAAUAUCCCGUUCACCGCCAGACUGAGCCGCACUUACUGGAAUGGCAGAAAAGAACAGACCACUGUUGUGGGCAAAUAUCAGGGAGAGGAGAUCAGGGAGGUGAAAGUCGAGGUGGAACGCUGCGAGCAAAUCCCCAAUGCUCAACCCUGUCCAUCUGUGUGAUUUUGAUUUUUUUUUUAUACUAGGGGGCUUAGCUCCCCCUGCUCUCUUCGCUAGCCAACUCCCCCGGCCUGUGCUACGCGCUAGCCACUUCCCGUCUCUGCCGCUCGCAUAUGUGGAUUUCACUUUCACCAAACAACAAAUCUUUUAAUUUUCACGGAUAGGCCUCUUCUUUGGGAAGAAACACUACUUUUCCCUGAUGGCAACACAAAUUAGACGAUCUACA